GUCUUCUGAAUUUUGGGUCUGAAGGUACCCUGUUGUCUUCUCAGCAAAUCAUGGACAUCGUUGGCUUUCUGAAGUCUCAAUUCAUUUGCCACCUUCUGAUCUGCUACAUAUUUAUAGUAUCAGGACUGAUCAUUAACUUCAUUCAGCUCUUCACACUUAUCCUUUGGCCAAUUAACAAGCAGCUGUUCAGGAGGAUCAACUGCAGGCUGGCUUACUGCAUUUCAAGCCAGAUGGUGAUGUUGCUGGAAUGGUGGUCAGGCACCGAUUGCACCCUCUACACUGACCCAGAGAGUUACCACAAGUACGGGAAAGAGAAUGCCAUCGUAAUCCUUAAUCACAACUUUGAAAUCGACUUUCUCUGUGGUUGGAACUUUUGUGAAAGAUUUGGGGUCUUGGGGAGUUCGAAAGUGCUUGCAAAGAAGGAGCUCUCCUACAUGCCCGUCAUUGGCUGGAUGUGGUAUUUCCUGGAGAUAGUAUUCUGCAAGCGUAAAUGGGAGGAAGAUCGGAAAACAGUCAUACAGAAGUUGCUGAAUCUCCGGGACUACCCUGAAAACUUUUGGUUCCUGAUUCACUGCGAGGGCACGAGGUUCACAGAGCAGAAGCACCAGAUCAGCAUGCAGGUAGCCGACGCCAAGGGCCUGCCCAAGCUCAAGUACCACCUGCUGCCGCGGACGAAGGGAUUCGCUGUCACCGUGCAGUGUUUGAGAAAUGUAGUUUCGGCAGUCUAUGAUUCAACGCUCAAUUUUAGAAAUAAUGAGAAUCCAACAUUACUGGGAGUUCUAAAUGGAAAGAAAUACCAUGCAGAUUUAUAUGUGAGGCGGAUUCCGUUAGAGGAAGUCCCACAAGAUGAGCGGGAAUGUUCUAACUGGCUCCACAAACUGUAUCAAGAAAAGGAUGCGUUCCAGGAAGAGUACUACAGAACAGGGACCUACCCCGCAGUCCCUAUAGUGCCACCGCGACGACCGUGGACGCUGUUGAACUGGCUUUUCUGGGCCUUGUUGCUGCUAUACCCUCUAUUCAAGCUGCUCAUCAACAUGGUCAACAGCGGGUCGUCGCUGACACUGGCUACUUUUGGAUUCGUCAUUGUAAUGGCAUCGGUGGGUGUCAGGUGGAUGAUAGGCGUUACGGAGAUCAACAAGGGCUCCACCUACGGCAACCACGACAACAAGCAGAAACGAAAGUAGCACCUCCAGAGACUGCUGCAACCCAAAGGGAGCAAAUGCGACUUGGGACAACAACUCUUUCAGUGCAUCUCGCGGCCCUGGAGCGAGCUCAGAGGAAGGGUAGGAUGCGCAGCUGCCCUGCACAGCUCAGUUUGUGCUCCUGUUGUUCUUGUCCUGGGGCCUGGGCUGGAUGGAAAGAUGCCCUCCGUCACAUACUCGUCACAACAGGUUUGCAUUUGUUUGGUUUGGUCUCCUAUAAAG